AUGCCCAACGCCAGGCGCAACAUGCCUCCCCUAGCAUCUGAUCAGCCCGUGAAAAAGCAGAGCAAAUGGUCACAGGAGGAGGAUAGCCUCAUCAUCGAGCUCAGGGGGAGUGGCAUGAAGUGGGAGGACGUCUCCAAGCGGCUGCCCGGCCGCAGCGCCAUAAGCUGUCGACUCCACUAUCAAAACUACCUUGAACGGCGAAGCGAGUGGGACGAGGAGCGCAAGAACAAGCUGGCAAGACUGUACGAAAGGUUCAAAGCAGAGAUGUGGGCCAAGGUGGCCGAGGAGUUGCAGGUUCCAUGGCGGGCGGCCGAGGCCAUGCACUGGCAGCUCGGAGAGGUCGACAUGGCCCGCAGAGCCGGCGUGGUUCCGUUCUCACUGGCGUCAGGCAACGUCGAAAACACGGCGCGAGCGGCAGGACCACGGCCCACGGCCCACUUCCAGCACCAAGAAGGCCUCGGACAUCACCUGACGCCGCCCUCGCCGCGGUCCAUAUACGCGCGAAACCCCGGGCUGUCUGUCAUGCCGGUAGGGGUCGGACAACCCCAGCGAGUCGAGAGUUUACCACCGGCCCCCCCUCCGCCUCCACCACCGGCCGCAGCCCCUGGGCCAGGAUUUCCUCCUGGAAUGCCGCAGGAGCACGGGGAGCUCUACUACACGUCUGGUCCGGGUCUCGCGCCCAUCCAGACUCAGGGGCAACCUCGCAACCCGGGCCCGCUGCCCAGCCUGGCCGAACUCACGACGGGUGUCAGCCCCUACGGAACCCCUAUCGAGCGCCCGCGAUCCGGACCAAUGGGGCCAGGUCCGGCCCCGGGCCCGGGUCCGAAACAUGGGCCAAGCCUGCCGCCGGCGCCGGGUUAUCUUCCCCCAGAGCCCACCAGGGCCAAACGGCGAGCGAGUCCAGAAAUGAUGCAACGAGAGAACAGCCACAGAAGGCGAAUUGGAUGA